AUGUCUAGUACCAAAUACGUCAACAUUGCUCGUAACUUAGUUCAAAAACAUAAGUUUUUCCAAUUAACGGCCUCCUGGUGUCCGGAUUGUAGGUAUACUAAUAAUAUUUGGAAAACUUUCAAUGUCCAAAAUAAAAUUCAAUCUCUAGAAAUUGCUCCUAUGGACAGAAUCGAAGCCGAUAACUACAGAGAGGCCUUUUCCAUCGUAGCAGGUGGUAUUAGAAAUUUACCAACUGUUUUUGUCAAUGGUAAAUACUGGUGCACUGAGAAAGAAUUGCACUCUUGGGAAAGUAAUGGUACAUUAAAACAAGAAUUUGAGAAAGUAGGCUUGUUAUAA